AGCCUCUCAAUCAAAAUCAAACGAACAGCAAUGGACGACACCUCAUCUUCCUCAAUCCCAAACUCGUCAGGAUCUUUCGUCACUCCCCUCCUUCUCUCCAUGACCGACAUUGUCGCCACCUCGUUUGCCAUUGUCGCCUACCAAGUCCUCUUUGUCCGCUUUUGCGUCCGGCGGCGGCUCACAGCCGAUAAUCUGCCCAGGGAACGACAGAACGCCGGAGCCAGAACCGACGGUGUCGAGGAGAAGGUCCUCAGAGCCAUUCCAGUCCUCUCCUACUCCUCCAAGGGGAACCGGGUCUUCCGUGUCGACCAGAGUGAGUGUGCCGUGUGCUUAGGCGAACUGGAGGACUGCGAGACUGUGCGCUUGUUGCCUGCCUGCCGCCACGCAUUCCACGUCCCAUGUAUCGACCAGUGGUUCUCAGCGCAUAACAACUGCCCCGUCUGUCGAUCUCCUGUGGUCGCCCCGCCUGCAGGGAUGGCAGAUGAUCACUUGGCCAUGACUGCAGCCUCCAACAGCGGCAGAGGUGACAACGGGGCUUCAGAUGGGCCACCGCCAUCGAGCGGCUUGCUCCAACGUUGUGUGUCACUCAACGUAUUGACGAGGUCACCUCUGGACUUGACCCUAUCUCGUGACAUCAUCAUAAACGUGGAAGAGGAGAGAGGGGAUGCUUGCGGUUCAUCGUCUAAUGAUGAUCUGACGUCGUCGUUACCGGGGAAAGGCGUGGUGUUGAGUAACAGCAGGUCGUUGGGAGAGAGGUCUGCGAGGCAGUUGGAUAGCUUGUCGUCGAGGUUGCUCAGGUCAUUCUCGCAGCUGAGUAGUAGUCGCGGGGGUGAUGCAAAUCUUCCUCGCUGAACGAACUGUAUCGCCUUCCUCCUCCCAUUCUUUUCUUUCUUUCUUUCUUCCCCAGAUGAUGGUACUGUUUACCUCUAUAGAUUCACAAGUAAAAUAAUUCCAUUUGCGAGUAAUAUUUUUCCUUUUUGGUCUGG